AUGAGCCACAGUUUAGCGAAGAAAUUCGAUAAAAUCGUUUCGAAAUUGGGAAGCAAACAUAAGGACACAAAGUCGAAUGGGAAUGAAGCAAAUGUCGAUGACACGACAGCGGAUGGAAGUGGUGAAGUACAUUACGAAUCGACUCCGAAAUUGAAAGGACAUGCGUCUGGUUCAGGAAAAUCGGAUCAGAUUUAUCCGACUGAAGGAGCUCCACCCGUUCAAGUCAUCCUCAACGACCUGAAAGAUUCUCCAUUUAAAGUUCUACUCACGCAUGUUCCAAUGGGAACUGGUCCGUCAUCGUCCAAUAGUUCAUCCUCAUCAGGUGGAAUCUCCAGUGAAUGUUAUAAACAAGCCCGUGAAGAAUUUGACAAACGUUAUGCAUCACCGGCGGUAUUUCAAUUAGUUUAUCGUGAUUUUCAAAUCAGUCGACCACUCGGUCGAGGCGCAUUCGGUUCUGUUAAAGAAGUCAAAUGCGUUCGUGAUCCUAUACCUGAUUAUCUUCAAGUAACAAAUUCAGCUGAUUCAACCGUCAAAUCACAACGAAUCGCCUUGAAAAUUAUCAACAAAAAAAGUGCACAUAAGAUGAAACAAGAAGAACAUGUCGUUAAUGAAAAGCGCAUUUUACAAGCCUUGAAUUUCCCAUUUAUCAUUCGAUUCUAUUUCUCAUUUAAAGACAAUGCUAAUCUGUAUAUCGGAUUGGAAUUAAUCGAAGGCGGAGAAAUGUUUCGACAUUUACGUGAUUGUGAACGAUUUGAUGAAAAAAAAGCUAAAUUCUAUGCAUCUCAAAUAGUUCUCGCACUUGAAUAUCUUCAUUUAUUGGGAAUUGUUUAUCGUGAUCUCAAACCCGAAAAUUUGCUCAUCGAUCGUUAUGGUUAUGUAAAAAUGUGUGAUUUCGGCUUCGCGAAGAAAAUUGAUCGAGGAAAAGCGUACACUCUUUGCGGUACACCUGAAUUUCUCGCGCCGGAAAUCAUUCUUGGUCGUGGUUACAAUAUGGGUGUUGAUUACUGGGCAUUGGGCGUGUUAAUAUACGAAAUGAACGCUGGCAAUUCACCAUUUUGGGAUGCAGAUCAACAGAAGAUUUAUCAUAAGAUUAUCAAUGCGAAAUUUCGACCUCGAUCAUUCUUUUCCGAUAACUUAAUUGAUGUCAUCAAAGGUUUGUUACAGAAGGACUUAACCAAACGACUUGGCCUGAUGUUUAACGGAAUCAGUGAUAUAAAAAAGCAUGCCUGGUUUCGUGAUAUUGAUUGGCUACAGAUAUUUUUGAAGAAGUUACGCGCACCGUGGGUACCUGAUAUACGUGCAAAUAACUUUCCGGACGCUGAAGAUGAAGAACCUGCUCGCUCAUCAAUCAACUUAUUCGAGAAAGAAUUUCAAGAUUUUUAA